AUGAAAAUAGUGGAAGUGAGAGAGAGUAAGAAGAAGAAAAAUAUGGGAGGGAAAGGUAUGAUGAUGGUGGCGAUAAUCUGCCUUUGGGCACUCUCAGCGACAUCAGAAGCAGUUGUAACAGAGGAGGAGCCAGGCUUGAUGAUGAACUUCUACCAGGACACGUGUCCUCAAGCCGAAGAUAUCAUCCGUGAACAAGUCAAACUCCUCUACAAACGCCACAAGAACACCGCUUUCUCUUGGCUCCGUAACAUCUUCCAUGACUGCGCCGUCGAGUCAUGCGAUGCGUCGCUUUUGCUGGAUUCGACAAGAAGAGAGCUAGGAGAGAAAGAACACGACAGGAGUUUCGGUCUGAGAAACUUCAGGUACAUCGAGGAGAUCAAGGAAGCUCUCGAAAGGGAGUGUCCUGGUGUUGUCUCAUGUUCUGACAUUCUCGUCUUGUCCGCAAGAGAAGGCAUCGAAGCAGUGGGAGGACCGCAUAUUCCGUUAAAGACAGGGAGGAGAGAUGGACUAAAAAGCAGGACUGAUAUGCUUGAGUCGUAUCUUCCCGACCACAACGAGAGUAUCUCCGUUGUUCUUGAAAAGUUCAAAUCCAUCGGAAUCGACACUCCCGGCCUCGUCGCCCUCCUCGGUACCGUUACUUUUCUCCUUCUUGAUUAUAUCUCCGGGCAAAAACGGUCACACAGCGUGGGAAGAACUCACUGUGUGAAGCUGGUGCACCGUUUGUACCCUGAGGUGGACCCGUCCUUGAACCCGGACCACGUUCCUCACAUGCUGCACAAGUGUCCUGAUUCGAUCCCUGACCCCAAGGCGGUCCAGUACGUGCGUAAUGACCGUGGUACGCCCAUGGUGCUAGACAACAACUACUACCGUAACAUCCUAGACAACAAGGGUUUGCUCCUUGUGGACCACCAGCUAGCACACGACAAACGUACCAGACCAAUUGUUAAAAAGAUGGCUAAGGACCAGGCCUACUUCUUCAAGGAGUUCACUAGAGCGAUCCAGAUCUUGUCCGAGAACAACCCUUUGACUGGUUCCAAGGGUGAGAUCAGGAAGCAAUGCAAUCUCGCCAACAAGAUUCAUUGA